GCAGAGGACGCAGUUUACAACAGUGACAAGCGUCUGUUCAGUCAGAUGGAGGUUUUGAUAGAGGAAGUGUUCUUUUUCGCAUCGUUUCUCCUGUCUUGUGUCGAUAACAAACCUCGAAUGAGUGCCCUGACAACCUCGAGUACGCGAAUUUAAUCUAGAGCACACAAACAAGUUUUAUUUUAAGCUAUGGCGAAUUUGUUGCGUCUGCUCCUGAGCGUGGCUGAAAAAGCCGCCAACGUGGCACGGGUGUGCAGGCAGGAGGCGCCGUUGUUCGAGUUGCUGGUGCAGGAGAAAACCGGCGCCGACAAGAACAAAAAGUUUGUCCAGGACUUCAAGACGCUCGCUGACGUUGUGAUACAGGAAAUGAUCCGACACGACGUCUGUGCACAGUUUCCCGAGUUGAAUGGCUUCAUUUACGGAGAAGAAUCCAACAAGUUUGAGAAUGGACACGGCGAGAGUGUGACCGUGACUGUAUGCGCUAAACAAGAGGACACGACGGCUUUGUUGGCUAAAGUGCUGGACGGAGACGGAACGGCCGCGUCCCUCCUGGCCGAAGCCAUCCAUCAGAAGUUGCAACUAAAAGACGAACUUGCCGAGAAGCUGAAGCUCCCUCUGAAACCAGAGGACUUGGCCAUCUGGAUUGACCCCAUAGAUGGCACAAGCCAGUAUAUUCAAGGGAAGGAUCGGGAGGUAUCAGACAAUGAGUUUUGCCCCUCAGGUCUUCCAUGUGCACUUGUUCUUAUUGGCGUUUACAUGCGUGAUACAGGAGAACCCGUGAUGGGGGUCAUCAAUCAGCCAUUUACACGCAAAGACUCAACGGGCAAGAGAUGGCAGGGUCGGUACUUCUGGGGAGUUUCCUAUCAAGAGAUCAACUUGUGCUCCUUCACACCCUGUCAGCGGCCUGAUGGGAAAACCCCUGACUCUCUCUCGGUGGUCCUGAGCUCCAGUGAGAAACAGGAAGUGAAAGAUGCUUUAUUGCCGCUCUGUGACGGCCAGCUGACCUAUGCCUCAGGGGCGGGAUAUAAGGUCCUAUGUGUGAUUCAGGGCUUGGUGGAUAUGUACGUGCUCUCUGAGGGCAGCACCUACAAGUGGGACUCAUGCGCCCCCCAUGCCAUAUUGCGCGCCCUCGGAGGGGGCAUCUGUGACCUUAGCCAGUGCCUUUCUGCUGUCAGGAACGGCAAUAAGGACCUCAGGGCAGAACUGACCUACAAUAACCCCCACGCUGGGUGUCAGGGGGCUGAGCAGUGGGCAAACCAGGGGGGUUUGGUGGCAUAUUUGGACUCUUCAGUUCUGUCCAGAGUGGUUGAGGCACUUGCUGACAAAAUAUGAUUUUUUUUUUAUUUCAUAGAUGUUGUUUUGUUAGGAUGUUUAUUUUAGGGGUGGGCUGGUUUUAUAUCCUUUAUUACAUUUUGGUGCAAUUUGUUGACAUAUUUAUGCCAUUAUAGAUUUUUUUUUUAAUACACUGUUGAUGUCAUAAUGUUGUAAAAUUCUGGAUUAGGCUGCCUAAGUAGACAACAUUUUCAGGUUGGAUUAGCUGUAAGAGCUAACUCUCUGUUUAAAAGCGUGCAUCUAAGCUUGCAAGCAAAAUGUCACAUGCAUGGGGUGCUAAAAAUUACAACAUACAAGCCUGAUCCUAAAACAGUUAGAGUUAAAAGAUUAACUGUAAAUGCAAUAUUGUGGUAUCAUAAGCUGAAAUAAAUUUUUCUGAAAUGUUGUGAUGUCACAUUAUAAAAUGUCACAUCAGCACAUACCUACUAUUAUGCGUAUCCAUUUAUAUUAUAUAAUGCUCAAGGCUGCUGGUUUCUGUAGUGUGUGUAUAGAAAUAUAUAUUAAACAUUUUGUUAUUGAAA